CUCAAAUCGUUGUCAUCCAGUGGUCCGUAGCCGUUUUGGCUUAAGACCACGCUCUUCUCGUGCACGCAAUCGUGCGUUUGGCGCCAUGAGCAAGAGUGUCGUGGAAUACAGCAGGUCUGGAAGCGAUGGUGAGUCAGAUGACGACGACGACGGUACUGACGCCUCUUCAGGAUCAGGCGGUGCACCGGUACGAAUACUUCUCCUCGCGUUUAUGUUCAUGUUCCAGGGCUACGGCUGCAUGGUCGGAAAUCCACAGCAUGCGCUGAAAAUGAAGCUGGAUCCUGACGGGACUUGGGGCGAGCAGGAGUCCAAGAAUUUUCAAGAUGCGACCGCUUCGUUUCAGCUCGCGAAGCUGUUCAUGCGGAUCGGGCAGAUCGCUUUCUUGGUGUUCUUGCGGCCGAACGGAAUUGUGUUUUUGUCGUACAUCGUUAUGUUUGUCGCGCUCCUCACGCCUCUGAUUGGAGUCUGGGGCAUGGGUAUCGACAGCCUCUGGAUUGUCUACGUCCAGUACAGCUUGGGUGGUGCCGCGGUUGGCAUGUUCGAGGGCACGUUCUUGACUGCCAUCAGCUCCCUCGGUAAGGACACCAAGACCUUCACCAUCAUGGGGGCGCCGCUGGGCUUCGCCGUGAACAAUGUGAUCCUUGGGCUUCUGUCGCAGUGCGGCAUGCCCGCGCAGCUGUACUACGUCUACAACGCCGCGUGCGUACCGAUCGCUGCGGCCAUCUUCUACCACUUCGCGCCCCGCGAGGACGGAAAGAGCGACGGCAAAGGCUGCCAGGUGUUCGCCAACUCUAUGAGGCACGCCCGCGCAUGGCUGCCCAUGAUGAUCCCCUGGCUGGUCGCCAAGUUUAUCGGCAACUUCGUCCUGGAAGACGGCUUCCCGCUGCUCUUCAACACCUUCAAUACGAGCCAGGUGCCCAUGUGGGGGGGCCCAGACAGUACGCGGACAAUCUCCUUCGCGCUGUACGCUUCGCUGUACUGGUUUCCCAUGAUGGCACUGGGCGACACGAUCAGCAGGCGAGUGCCGAACUGGAUCUCCAUCGACAGCGGCUCGCAGAUCUUCCUGUGUCUGGCCUCCAGCGUAGUCAUGUGCGUCGGCGGAGAGGCGCUGGACUUCCUGCUGAUUCCUAUCGUCACCGGGAUCGCGGCGUUCAUCUCGAACUUCGGGAAUGGCUUCAUCUAUGGCCUGUCCGCGAAGUUCAUCGACCUCUAUGUGUCCGAGGAGCACCGCUACGCCGCCUACAAUUUGUGGUGUUUCGCUGGCGAUCUCGGCGGCUACGCAGGCCAGAGCAGCUUCUCCGUGACGCUCGCGCACCAGGCCUGCGAGGGCCACCACUACGAGUACGUCUGCCACCUGCAACAAGCCACCGCCCCGAGCGCAAGGUGAUUUUUCGAGGGCGGCGGCGGUGUUCAGUGGUGCAAGAGGUGGCGCGCGCCCGCGGGAGACAGGGCGGGGAGCGGCAGGGUAGUGUUGAUCAGGAAAACGCUCAAGCGAUGGGGGGAGAGGGAGAGUGCGCGGGGGGCGCAGUUGAAGUCUAUCGGGACGCUCAUUGAAUAGCGGUCCGCAAACCCGGACUCCAGAACAAGCAUCCCUAACGUCCAAUUACCAGUUACUCGCAUUAUCAUUGGUGCCUCUGCUGCAAAGCAGCAGGGCUUUGUAAUUGGAGUUCCAGUAUCACCAAGUGGGACUCGGCGCUCCGCGAGCGGCUGAAACAAAUAAAUCUUUGUCUUCCAAUGUGGCAUUCCCCGCA